AAAUUCGGGCAGCGAUUUAAUAAAUUGGAAGAUUUUGCUGAUUCAUAGUAGCAGCAUGACCAGUAUAGUUGGAUUCAUGUAUCUUUUUACACACGUGACCGAAGUAUCAUACAAGCUCAGACAGCACCUACCACAGGAAUCUUUGUUUUAAGGAUUACAAAAACGAAAAGCCAGACAAAUAGUACGUCUACCCAAAUUAGUCCAAAUUACGCUCUACGUCAGUUAUUCUCUUCCACAAAGUUCCUUCAAUUAGAAAAAGAUAAAAAACAUAAUAAAUGCGUCCACAUAGUGCAACAGGCACUGAUGUAGUCAAUCUAGUGACUGUUAAUAAUUCAUCGAUUUUUCACCAAACGUCACUGUCAUUUUUGGUUCUACUCAGAGUGGUUAAUCGCAGUUUUUCGUUGUUUUAUUCAAGUUUUCUAUUCAGUUCUUCGUAAAGUUCGUUGGUUGUUAGUAUUCUUGUUUCGUUGUCCUAUUUUUUGUUUUGUUAUCUUAUUUAUUGUUCGUGUUUGGUCUACAACAUGCCGGGUAAACCUUUGAGUUCUCGUGCCCAGGACAUGGUGUCCAACCUUAUAGAGUGUUUUGCUCUUGAGAAGGAAAACGAUGGGCCUUUAAUCUCACUAAAUGCUGUAGAACAACGAGUUGCAGAUGCUCUAGGCGUAACUCGCCAAACGGUUUCGAAGAUUAAAGCUCGAAAAGAAAGACUGGGCGUGCUUCCCAGUCCAACAAAAUCAAGGCCCAAUCGGAAAGCACCGAAAACAAAAGACCUGCCUGAGCCUAUAAAAAUGGAAAUCCGCAGCACAAUUUAUGACAUGUGUAAAAACAAAAAAGAUAUUACUCUGAAGACCUUAAACGCAGAGUUGAAGAGAAAACAAAUAGUUCAUAUGAGUGUGAGUUCUCUUCGACGUCUGUUGUUGCUUAUAGGCUUUAAAUACAAAAAAGAUGAUAACAGGAUAGUGUUGAUGGAGAAACCGCAUAUUGCUGGACAAAGAACUCACUUUUUGCGAAAAUACAAAGAAAAAACCUAGAAUCCGAUUUUAAAAGAGAUGUGAUAUUCUUAGACUUACGUGCAGGAGGGAAAGCGAGAUUUGUUGAAAAUACUGGAUUGAUAUUUGCAUCAAUGUCAAAUCUACUUGAUUAUCAUGGGGAAAUGAAUGCAGAUAUGUUUACUAAAUGGUCUAAUGAAAAGUGUGGAAGCUAUCAGUAAAUAAGUGUGAUGGAAAUGUUUGGCAAACAUGUAUUGAACACACGGAGAAACUUAUCAAUGAAUGGAGUGAACGGGAAAUAUUAUUGGAAGCAACAGUACCACAAAUUAUAAUAGAAGUUGGAAAUGACUCUGAUAGCGAUACAAGUGAAGAGGAAUUGUCGUAGUUAUUAAUUCUUGUUGACGUUAUUUUGGAUGAAUGAACAAUGUUCCACAGAAAUUCUGCAACGAACCAAUUCAAGCGAAGGCCUUCGUUGGUAGUGUUGGAUGUGGACAAGCAUUACGCAGAAAAGAACCCACGCUGAUUGUUGGCGGAAAUGAAACACAAAGACGAGAGUACCCUUGGCAGGUCGCAUUAUAUCGAUCAUCUGAUAAAGAAUUACUUUGUGGUGGAACUUUACUAAAUCAGAGAGUUAUUCUAACAGCGGCACACUGUAUAGCAGAUAAUAAAGGCAAACUUCGACCAAAGGAACAGUAUGUGGUUGCCGUUGGUAAAUAUUUUCGUCAAUACGACCACCCCGACGAUGCUGCAGAUGCACAGUUUUCUUCUGUGUAUGACAUGUAUAUUCCUCGGCAGUACAAGGCGUCUAUUCAGCAUUACUUUGGCGAUAUUGGUAUUAUAGUUACGACGAAAAUUUUUAACAUUUCUGCCAGUGUUCGACCUAUAUGUGUUAUGUGGGAGUCAAAGCGCUAUCAAGUGCUGGCAGAUCCUAGUAGACAGAAAUACGCUUACGUCAGCGGCUGGGGUUACACCGUAGAGGACACACAUCUUUCUGAUGUACUUAGAUAUUUAAAAGUUCCGCUUAUCACCGACGAAGACUGCAAUCAGAGAUUACCCGAAGAUGUCAUCGAAUACAUAACUGAUGAUAAGUUAUGUGCAGGCUUUUUAAAUUCUAGUACUUCGGUUUGUAAAGGUGACAGCGGUGGAGGUCUCAUUGCCAAAUACAAGAAACGCUAUUAUAUCAUCGGAACUGUCAGCAUUUCACCCCAAGCAGAAUCGACAUACGGUAGCUGUAACAGUCAAACAUACACUCUCUACACGAGGUUUUCGUAUUAUAUUGAAAGCUUCAUACUGGAAAAGGAAGCUCGAUUUAGACCGCGUCUGGAUUGUCAAGAUCCUCUUAAUUGUAACGACGAUAUUCUACCGGUUACGGAAUCCCCACCAACAGAACCAACAACAGAAACUGCUACAGAAUCUUCUGGAAGUAAUCGCUGCAUUUUACCAAAUCAACCUGAAUUUGGAAAGUGGAGUAUCCUUGGAGCAACUAAAGCACUGGAACCUGGAACACCAGUAACAUCAGGAACUGUUUUAAAACUAGAAUGUAACGAACGUUUUAGGAUGGAGGGUCAAAACUUAAUAUACUGUGACAAAAGUAACAAGUGGUCAUCUGAACUUGGUCAAUGCUUGAAAACUUGUCCACCGAGAGUAAGUACUCCAACCAUGCAAGUUACAUGCGUCUACAGGGAGAAAGAGAUUGAAAACUGUACUGAACCAGUUGAAGGUACUAUCGCUAAAUUUCGGUGUGCUCCGUUUUAUGAAGAUUUACAGUUAAAAAAAAGGCCUGUUCAUAUCUGUAAUGAUGGUACCUGGGACCAGCCACUUCCAGAGUGUGAACCGAUUUGUGGACAAAAAACUGUAGAAGCUACUCAGUUAAUUAUAAGUGGAAGUAAUGUGACCAAAGGAGAUUAUCCCUGGAACGUGGCUUUGUACACCAAAAAUGACAGGUUGCUUAUAUGUGGUGGAUCACUUAUAAGUCGAAGAAUCGUGGUUACAGCCGCCCACUGUAUCUCGGAUGAAAACGGAAACUUGCUUGAUAAGGCAAACUAUGUCAUAGCUGUUGCAAAAUACUAUAGAAACUUUGAGGACCGUCGAGACCACAACGAAGCACAAUUUUCAGAGUUAGAAACCAUGUUUAUUCCCGAAAAUUAUCGAGGCGAUGUUCAGAAUUUCAUGGGUGAUAUUGCCAUAUUAGUGUCUAAGAAAACCUUUACCCUUUCACGAAGAGUUCAACCUGUGUGCUUAGACGUAAAUCAAAAUUCCAAUAUAGCUGCAGACGACAUGGGUUACGUAAUUGGGUGGGGUUACACCGUUGAACAUGCGAUCCCGUCAGAAGUUCCGAAAGAACUAAAAAUUCCUUUGGUUUCUCAGUUAAACUGCCAAAAUAAUUUACCAGAAGACUACGAGAUUUAUCUCACUUUUGACAAAAUUUGUGCCGGAUACCUCGACAAGGAAACGUCAAUAUGUAAAGGAGAUGGUGGUGGAGGAUUGGUAUUUAAACAUAAUGGUAGAUAUUAUCUUACUGCCGUCGCCAGUCUAUCUCCUGCUUCACCUACUACGUUGGGAGGCUGUGAUAGCCAGAACUAUGGUCUCUACACUAAAGUUUCUAAUUAUAUGAAUUCUUUUAUUUUGUCAAAAUUAGCUGAAUUUAAGGACUAAAUCUUACAUCUCACUUUAAUAUAGACUAAAACUAUCACUAUUUAUAAGGCGUUAACACGAAGAAAUAAAAUUCGUGAAACAAA